AUGAGAUCUCAAAGAUUAUUUCAAAUUUCUUGCAGUGACUGUCAAGUGAGAAUUUUAGAAGUGUAUAGAGUUGGCAGAAUAACUGAAACAGCAGAAUUUCUGAGCAGGCUUGGAAACAUUCGAUCCUUAUUCCAUGCAUCAUCUGUGCGCAACUUCAUGGGAAUUCUUUCCAGAGGACUUCUAAUGCCAAAAGUGGUUGUUGAAGAUCAUGGCCUGGAAAGAACUGACAUUGGGAAUCUGGGCAGUGGCAUUUACUUCAGUAACUCUGUUAGCACCAGUAUUAAGUAUUCUUCGCCCAGUGAAAUGGAUGGAACCCGGCUCCUGGCAGUUUGUGAUGUGGCACUUGGAUCCUGCUUAGAUUUGUAUGAACGAGAUCAUUCAUUAAAUAAUGCACCGUCAGGUUAUGACAGUGUGCAUGGAGUCCGUAAAACAGCAGACAUCUCUUCAGACUUUGAGGAUGAUGAAUUUGUUGUGUAUAAAACCUGUCAGGUUAAAAUUAGAUACAUUGUUAAGUUUUGCCUUGCUGAAGAUGAAAUAAAACCAUUUCAGCCUGCAAUUGGCGUGGAACUGGAGCAAGAUAACAAUGAGCCAGAGCCACAAUGUCAUUUACAGCAUGAGAGCUAUGCAUUGCCAAGUACGAAUCUUUUGAAUCCUGUAAAAACUGGUCUUCAGGACAGAUGGGGAAAUCCUGUCCCUCUGAAAGGUGUUUACAUCAAGGGGAGGAUAAUAGACUUUGUAGCCCAGGUAGUAAUGUUUCAGACCUACACCAAUCAACACAGUAAACCAAUUGAAGCUAAGUAUGUCUUUCCUUUGGAUGAUAAAGCUGCUGUUUGUGGAUUUGAAGCUUUUAUCAAUGGAAAACACGUCAUUGGAGAGGUUAAAGAAAAGAAAAAAGCACAUAAGGAAUAUCGGAAAGCUAUCAGUCAGGGUGAUGGAGCUUAUCUAAUGGACCAAGAUGCACCAGAUAUUUUUGUUAUAAGUGUUGGAAACUUAUCUCCAAAUUCUACAGUUGUGAUCAAAAUCACCUAUAUCACUGAACUCAGUUUUCAGCACGGUUGUAUCACCUUUCAUAUGCCUGCUUCUCUGUCACCAUGGCAACAGGACAAAGCAUUAAAUGAAAACACACAGGAUACAAUAAAAAAGGUCUGUGUUAAACAAUUAAACCCACAGAAGAAUGGAUUUUCUGUGGAUAUGUCUAUCGAGAUGCCAUCUAGUAUCGAACGCAUACAUAGUUGGACACAUAAACUUAAAAUAAAGAGAACAGACUGCAAGGCUGUAAUUAAGACUGUAGAAAACAGCUCCUUGGACGUUAGCGGCUUUGUUUUAGAUAUCUGGAUUUCUGAGGUCUACCUGCCUCGAAUGUGGGUAGAGAAGCAUCCCAACAAAACGAGUGAGGCUUGUAUGCUUGUAUUCCAACCAGAGUUUGAACCAGAACUUGAAGAAGAGCAGCUGUCCAGUGAAAUUAUUAUUUUACUAGAUUGCUCAAACUCUAUGGCAGGUUCAGCUCUACACCAAGCAAAGCAGAUCGCUUUACGUGUUUUGGAACUAUUCUAUUUCAGACAAAGAGUGAAUGUAAUCAAAUUUGGCACAAAUUUCACAGAAUUGUCUUCUUUUUCAAUGAACAUCACAAAUGAUUUGGCAUCACUGAAGGAGUUUAUUACGUCCGCUACUGCGACAUUGGGAAACACUGAUUUAUGGAAGAUCUUACGUUACUUAAGUCUGCUGUUUCCUUCUCAAGGAUACCGUAACAUUCUUCUUAUAUCAGAUGGACACAUUCAGAAUGAGAGUGUGACCUUCCAGAUUGUGAAAGAUAAUAUUCAACAUACAAGGUUAUUUACCUGUGGUGUUGGUUCCACAGCAAAUCGACACUUGCUGAGAUCUUUAUCCCAAUAUGGUGCUGGAGCGUUUGAAUACUUUGACUUGAAAUCAAAGUAUAACUGGGAGGCAAAGAUACAGAGCCAGGUAUCCAGAAUGUCUUCUCCAGGAUGCAGUUCAGUUUCUAUUAAAUGGCAACAGUUUAAUACAGGUGCACCAGAGCCAAUGCAGGCUCCUUCUCAAAUACAGUCUUUAUUUAACAACGAGAGACUUCUUGUCUAUGGAUUCAUCCCUCACUGUACUCAGGCCACCUUAAAAGCAGUGAUAAACGAUCAAGAACUAGAGACUGUGGUGUCAACUACUGAACUACAGAAGACAACGGGAACAGUGCUGCACAAACUUGCAGCAAGAGCUUUCAUUAAUGACUAUGAAGACGGGAUUCUUCAUGAGAAUGAAACAGAACAUGAGAUGAAGAAACAAAUCUUGAAAAACAUGAUUAUUCACCUCAGCUUGGAGAACUCGAUUAUAAGCAGGUUUACAAGCUUCAUUGCAGUUGAGAAAAGGGAUGCUAAUGAAACUGGUUCUGCUGAUGUUCCAAACAUCCUGGAGAUCAUAGCUCAAGAAGAUGUAGAUUUUUUACCUUACAUGGGCUGGAACCAAACGUCGAUAGACUCUGGCUGGUUAUUUUCAGAAGAUAACUUUUAUGCCCUG